AUGCUGUCUCGGUCCUCCCUCAGCCGAAAUGCGCCUCGCGCGCUCUCCGCAGGCCGUCGGGCCAUGGCCUCUUCUGCCAACCCGUCCUUCCAGUACGAUGUCACCGAGACUGCUGGUGUGAAGGUCGCCAACCGUGAGGUUACCGGCCCUACCGGCACUCUGGCCCUUGUCGCCAAGGCUGGUUCUCGUUAUCAGCCCUUCCCCGGCUUCGCCGAUGCCCUCGAGAAGUUCGCCUUCAAGACCACUCUCAAGCGCUCUGCUCUCCGCAUCACUCGUGAGGUUGAGUUGCUCGGCGGUGAGAUCACAUCGACACACUCACGCGAAAACGUCGUCCUCCGCACCAAGUUCAUCGCGGACAAGCUUCCCUACUUUACAGAGCUUCUGGCUGAGACUACCAGCCAACCCCGAUUUGCUGACCAUGAGCUGAACGAGGUUGUCAAGGACCUUCUCAAGUACCAGCAGCAGGCUGCUUUCGCCAAGCCCGAGAACGUCGCUCUUGAUGCCGCCCACGGUGUUGCUUUCCACCGCGGACUGGGUACCUCCAUCACUCCCUCUACCAACACUCCCUACGAGAAGUACAUGUCGGCCGAUGCCAUCGCUGAGUACGCCAAGGAUGCUUACUCCAAGUCCAACAUUGCCCUUGUCUCCGUCGGCCCCAACGCCGCCGAUGUCAACAAGUGGGUUGGCCAGUUCUUCAAGGACCUCCCGACCGGCUCUUCCUCCAGCCAGUUCAAGGUCCAGCCCUCCGCCGCCAGCAAGUACUACGGUGGUGAGCAGCGCAUUGCCUCCAAGGCCGGCAACGCUGUUGUGAUGGCCUUCCCCGGCUCCAGCGCCUUUGGCUCCUCCGGCUUCAAGCCCGAGGCCACCGUUCUGGCUGCUCUUUUGGGCGGCGAGUCCACCAUCAAGUGGACUCCCGGUUUCUCUCUCCUGUCCCAGGCCACCCAGGAGUUCCGUGGCCUGAACGUGUCUACCCAGAACUUCGCUUACUCGGAUGCCGGUCUCUUCACCGUCACCCUUACCGGUCGUGCCGAGCAGGUUGGCGCCGCCAGCAAGAACGUUGUCGAUGCCCUCAAGAAGGCCGCCGCCGGUGAGGUCUCCAGCGAGGAUAUCAAGAAGGCCACCGCUCUGGCCAAGUUCCGUGCUCUUGAGUCUGUCCAGACCCUUGAGACUGGCCUCGAGGCCACCGGUUCCGGUCUGAUCCACGGCGCCAAGGCUUAUCAGAUUGGCGAGAUUGCUCAAGCUAUUGAGAACGUCUCGGAGCAGCAGGUCAAGGAUGUCGCCAAGUCCUUCCUGUCUGGCAAGGCCACCCUUGUCAGCGUUGGUGAUGUCUUCCAGCUUCCAUACGCUGAGGACCUCGGCCUGACCGUUUAA